AUGCACCACCUUAAGCUCGUGCGCAACAUGAGGGCGCAGAGUGACCCGUGGUUUGCAGAAUAUCUACUGCGCAUUGGUGGUGGCACGGAGGAGGUUAACGGAGAUGGUGAUGUAUGUCUUCCUGACGAUAUAUGUGUCCCGUACUCUGGGGAUUCUGAGAAAGAUCUUAACAGGUUGAUUGAAUGCAUCUUUCCAAACCUUAAUGCAAACAUGACAAACAAGGACUACAUCACCUCCAGAGCGAUUCUAUCUACACGUAAUGAUUGGGUGGACAAUAUUAAUAUCAAGAUGAUCGGCAUGUUCCAGGGUGGGGAGAUGGUGUACCAUGGUUUCGACUCCGCGAUUGAUGAUCCGCAUAACUACUAUCCGUCGGAGUUCCUUAACACAUUGACUCCCAACGGGCUUCCUCCACAUUUGCUAAAGCUCAAGAUCGGCUGCCCGGUCAUAUUGCUUAGGAAUAUCGACCCCGCGAAUGGGCUGUGCAAUGGUACAAGGUUGGUGGUUCGAGGCUUCCAAAAAAAUUCAAUCGAUGCUGAAAUUGUGCUGGGACAGCAUGCCGGAAAGAGGGUUUUCCUUCCUCGAAUACCGUUGUGCCCCUCUGACGAUGAGAUGUUCCCAUUCCAAUUUAAGAGGAAGCAGUUCCCUAUUAGGCUCAGCUUCGCCAUGAUGGUCAACAAGUCACAGGGCCAAACUAUACCAAAUGUGGGUGUGUACCUGCCCGCCCCUGUGUUCUCUCAUGGUCAGUUGUAUGUUGCUAUGUCUAGAGCCACAGCUAGAACGAAUAUCAAGAUCCUCGCCCUCCCACCUAACGCAGAGGCAGAUGAGGAACAUACUAAAAGGAAGGAAAAGAAAAAAGCUUCUAAGAAAGUGAACGGCCAGGUAUUUAGGUUGAAGUGGUUGCUUAAUGUUGUCACAUGA